AUGGAAUUGGAUGCCAUAACCAUGCUUACAGCUCAAGUAGCAGCCUUGACGAAGCAAUUACAAAAGAUUACACUCCCAUCUCAAGCUAUGCAAUGCCAAGCUUUUACUUUGAGGAGUGGAACGAGAUAUGAAGGGCUAAAGAAGAUCCAGUCAGAAGAAGAGAAAAAGUUGGAUGAUAAAAAGGUUACUGAAGACCUUAAGGAGGAAGAGGAGACCCCACCUGUAACUAUUGAGCAUCAUGUUAGAGUUCCAUAUCCACAAAGACUUCGCAAGCAUAAUUUGGAUAAGCAGUUUGCAAAGUUUUUAGAGGUGUUCAAGAAGCUACACAUAAAUAUACCAUUUGCAGAAGCAUUAGAACAGAUGCCUAGCUAUGUAAAGUUUAUGAAGGAGAUUCUCUCAAAUAAGAGAAAGAUGGGUGAUUACGAAACAAUGGCGUUAACAGAAGAAUGUAGUGCGAUUUUACAAAGGAAGCUUCCUCAAAAGUUAAGAGAUCCUGAGAGUUUUACCAUUCCAUGCACUAUUGGGGAGUUUGAAUGUAAGCAUGCACUUUACGAUUUAGGGGCGAGUAUUAAUUUAAUGCCUUUGUCUGUAUUCCGGAGGCUUGGUUUGGGGGAAGCUAGGCCAACUACAGUAACAUUACAGCUGGCUGAUAGAUCUGUGAAGCAUCCAUGUGGGAGACCAUUUUUAGCAACUGGGCAAGCAUUGAUAGAUGUGCAAAAGGGAGAGUUGAAGUUGAGAGUUCAAGGGGAGGAAGUAGUAUUUAAUGUGUUUAAGGCUAUGACUUAUCCUAAAGCAAGUGAUAGUUGUUUCUCAGUUGAUGUGGUCAAAGAAGUAGUAGAAAGAAAAAAAUUAAGAGAGGAUCCUCUUGAGUUGAGUCUCACAGUUGAUGAUGUAGAUGGUGAGGAGAAUGAAGAGGUGAUGAGUUAUUUAAAGUGGAUAAAAUCAACUAAGCCGUGGAAACAUAAGAAAUUUGAAGAAUUGGGUGCAGGGCCAGACAGACCAUUACCAUCGAUUCAGAAGCCACCUGUUUUAGAAUUGAAGGUUUUACCGGACCAUCUCCGUUAUGCUUAUCUUGGGGAAAAAAAGACUCUUCCAGUUAUAGUCUCAUCAUUUCUUUCGGAGGUUGAGGAGGAGAAAUUGUUGAGGGUGUUACGAGCUCAUAAAACUGCUAUAGGGUGGACUCUAGCUGAUAUAAGAGGAAUUAGCCCAUCGACAGUUAUGCAUAGAAUUCUUAUGGAAGAUGAGGCGAAACUGACUAUUGAUGCUCAGAGAAGGCUUAAUCCAACAAUGAAAGAAGUGGUGAGGAAAGAGAUUUUGAAGUGGUUGGAUGCUAGAGUGAUUUACCCUAUUUCUGAUAGUGCUUGGAUCGUAAUUGCACCGGAGGAUCAAGAAAAGACAACUUUUACAUGUCCUUAUGGGACUUUUGCUUUUCGAAGGAUGCCAUUCGGGUUAUGUAAUGCACCAGCCACGUUUCAACGGUGUAUGAUGGAAAUAUUCUCUGACAUGGUUGGAAAGGGGAUUGAAAUUUUUAUGGAUGAUUUUUCGGAAAAGUGCCACUUUAUGGUUAAUGAAGGAAUUGUAUUGGGGCACAAAAUUUCUAAGAAAGGAAUUGAAGUGGAUCGGGCCAAGAUUUCUACUAUAGAGAAUUUGCCACCUCCAAUUUCAGUUAAGGGAGUGAGGAGUUUCUUGGGCCAUGCGGGGUUUUAUUGGAGAUUUAUCAAAGACUUCUCUAAGAUCUCAAAGCCGCUGUCUACCUUGUUGAUGAAUGGGGUUCCUUUUGAUUUUAAUGAUGAUUGUUUGAUUGCUUUCAAGACUCUCAAGGAGAAGCUCAUUUCAGCGCCGAUAGUAUGUACACCUAAUUGGGACCUUCCAUUUGAGCUUAUGUGUGACGCUAGUGAUUAUGCGGUUGGAGCGGUUCUUGGGCAGCGAGUGGACAAGGUAUUUCGAACUAUAUACUAUGAUAGUCGAACUUUAAAUGAUGCUCAACUAAAUUAUGCAACAACAGAAAAAGAACUUCUAGCCAUAGUUUAUGCCUUCGAUAAGUUCCGUCCAUAUUUGAUCGGAAAUAAGGUGAUUGUCUAUAUGGAUCAUUCGGCAAUAAAGUAUCUUAUGACUAAGAAAGACUCUAAGCCUCGUCUUAUUCGGUGGAUUAUGUUAUUACAAGAAUUUGAUGUGAAAAUUAAGGAUAAGAAAGGUACUGAGAAUUUGGUGGCUGAUCAUUUGUCUCGUUUAGAGUUGUUCGAAGUGAAUGUUGGCAAGGAGGUUCCAUGGUUUGCAGAUUAUGUUAAUUAUUUGGCUGCUAAGGUUAUACCCCCUGAGAUGACAAGGCAACAAUUAAAGAAAUUUUAUUCGGAGGUGAAGCGUUAUUAUUGGGAGGAGCCUAUUCUGUAUAAGCAUUGCCCAGAUCAAGUUAUUCGAAGAUGUGUGCCCGAAGAGGAGAUGUUGUCAAUCUUAACUCACUGUCAUAGUUUGCAUUGUGGCGGUCAUUUUGGUGGAACAAGAACAGCUGCGAAGGUUUUGCAAAAAGCCGCAGCAAUUCCUACUUGUGAUGGGAAGGAAGUUAUUAAAUUCCUUCAUAAAAAUAUCUUCACUCGAUUUGGUACUCCAAGAGCUAUUAUUAGUGAUCGGGGAAGUCAUUUUUACAAUAAGUGGUUCACCGCUCUUUGUGCUCGCUAUGGUGUUCAUCAUCGAAAGGCGUUAUUUUAUCACCCAAUUGAAAAUGGCCAAGCUGAAGUAUCGAAUAGAGAAAUAAAAGGUAUCUUGGAAAAGACAGUAAAUACUUCGAGGAAGGAUUGGGCGAAGAAGCUCGAUGAUUCACUUUGGGCUUAUCGCACGGCAUUUAAAACUCCGAUUGGUAUGUCACCAUAUCGAUUGGUGUUUGGUAAGGCUUGUCAUCUACCGGUGGAACUGGAGCAUAAAGCUUAUUAG